AUAUGUUGUGUUAGACAAAACCGCGUGAAGAGCCUUUCUUCCUCGGGUCUCCAUACGAACGAACAAUUAAAUUCCUUUGAAACCCCAUUGUGUAAAUAUCAAAUCGCACCGCCAGAUCUCACUCUCCACAUCCAUGGCUUCUCCACCGACACUUCCGAUCUCCGGCCCUCAAUCCUCUACCGGAGCUCCAUCUCAACCACCGAUCGCCACUCCCGCCUUCCGGGCAUUUCUCUCUCGUUUAACCUCCUCCGUCCGCCAAGGUUUCUCCCACCGCCGCCCAUGGUCCGAGCUCGUCGACCGGAGUUCUAUGGCUCGUCCGGACAAUCUCUCCGAAGCCUAUUCCCGGAUCCGCAAGAACUUCUCCUACUUUCGUGUCAAUUACAUCACUCUCUUUACCCUUGUUCUUGGUUUUUCUCUUCUCUCCCACCCGUUUUCUCUCUUGACUCUUCUUUCACUCCUCGCGGCUUGGUGUUUUCUCUACAUUUUCCGUCCUUCCGAUCAGCCGUUGGUUAUUCGGGGCCGUACUUUUUCUGAUUUCGAAACGUUGGUUGGGUUGGGGGUUCUUACUGUCAUUGUGGUGUUCCUCACCAGUGUCGGAUCGCUCCUGAUUUCGGCGUCGAUGAUUGGAUUUGCCAUUGUGUGCAUUCAUGGUGCGUUUAGGGUUCCAGAGGAUCUCUUCCUCGACGAUCAAGAGCCUGUAAAUGGAGGAUUUCUGUCAUUUCUUGGUGGCGCCGCCUCCGCUGCUUCAGCCGCAGGUCCUGCAAUUGCAGCGCGUGUAUAGCCCAGAUCAUGAUCGGCGCCUGAUGAACGAACUGAUGGCAGUUUGAUUAUGGGUUAGGCUUACCUGUUGUACUCUUUCUGCAGUUUGAAUUCUUGUGAUCUAUAAGAACUGGAUUAGGGUUUGUUCUCUCAUAAUGUGCUGAAAAUUUAUAUGUCAAAUUUUUGUUUAGUUGCGCUAUAUACAACAAUUUUAUGAAUUGGAGUCUGUAUUACUUAGGGCGAUUAUUACGCAAUUCUUUUUCUAUAGCCUCUUAUUUCUUUAGAUAACGCUUGAACCCUCAUUGUCAUGUACUUUGCUACUAUGUUCAUUUUUAAUUGCAGAUCUUGUUUACUUCUAAUGGAAUUUGAAGUAUGUCAA